AUGCCAGAAUCCUUGCGGUUUUAUAGGAUAACAUUUAUCUCCUUUGGUUCGGCAUUAUUUUGUGUUAUAAUAUUAAAUUGCAGAGUGGCGUCGUGUAUCCAAGAGAAAAUGGGUGGUGAAAGUAGUGCCCCCCAACCGACUAAUGAUUCGUCCGGCAAUGACUUCAGCAACAAUGGCAAUAAUAGCGAUAAUAAUAAUUCCAAUAGCAGUAUUAAAAACGACAAUUACAAUAAACCAGUGCCUGGAGCUGAAGGGCAAAAUGACGGGUUGCAUUUCCCCCAGCGUCUCGUCUGUCGCCUGCCGGAACGAAAUUUUCCACUUCCGGUUUUAACCCUCAAGGAAGGUCACGGGGUUGCAUCAAAUACAACUAAGAAGUAA